UUGUGAGAUCACAGCAGCAUAUGUGCACAACAAUAUUGAACAUGGAAAAGAGAACACAUACAUAUUCAGAAAUUGUUACCCGAGAUGAAAACUCUCAGGUGCAGGCUCAAUGGAUGCUUGAACAAGCACUCCCAAAAUCAUCAAGUUCUAACGUCACUAAUAUUCAUUCAGGGUUGAAAACUGCAGCCAUAUGGAAUUUUGAUCAGUACCUGAUAAUAAUUCCUUCACAGAUAGUCGCUAUGCCGAUGGUUGAAUGCCGUCACUCAUGCCUCAGAACCUUUAGACAAAUGCUUUUGGAUACUUUAAAUAUUUCAUCUUCAGAU